AUGGCGGCGCCCAGGGCGUCCCUGAGGCUAGUGGCCCCGGUAUGGAACAGGGGUACCAGUGGCAUCCGUGGCCUGAGCAAGGCAGUGGACCCGGAGGGCAAUCAGAGGAAAGGGAGGACGCUGCUCCAGUUCCUGACUGACCGCUUCUAUGAUGUGGAGGCUGUGAGGGAGUACCUUCUCCGGAAGCAGGUGUUGAAGGUGCAAAAGAAAAAUCGGUCUGUCACCUACAUCAAGGAGCGAUACGGCCCCUACGUCGCAGGGGCCUAUUUCGUCUUGAAGCAGGGAGGCUCAGUCAAGUUUCGGGACAGGGAGUGGAUGCGGGCGGAUGAGCGUGGCCUCUCCUCUCUUGAGUUCCAGAAGCUCCAGGAGGUGCCCCUGGAGGCGGUGGAUGCCAGUGGCUGUGCCAUCAACUACCAAGGCCUGGACAACCUCUUGGCCCUGAAGGAGCUCCAGUCCCUGUCACUGCGACGCUGUCCCCACCUGGAUGACUGGUGUCUUGGCCGCCUCUACCAGCUGGCCGACUCGCUGCAGGAGCUCUCGCUGGCCGGCUGCCCCCGCAUCUCUGAACGGGGCCUCGCCUGCCUCCACCACCUCCAGAACCUCCGCAGGCUGGAUAUCUCCGACCUUCCUGCCGUGUCCAACCCGGGCCUCACUCAGAUCUUGGUGGAGGAGAUGCUGCCCCACUGUGAGGUUCUGGGGGCUGACUGGGCACAGGGCCUCAAGGUGGGGCCAGAGGAGCAGUCCCAGGAUGCAGGCGGUAGCCCCAUCCCCGCCUAG